UGUGCUGUGUUAUAAAUGCAUAAGGUUCUAAUGUUGAAUUUUCCCUCAGAUGUCAAGGAGUCUGACUUCGUGGACCACAGUGGGACAUUUGGUGACAUAGAAGAAAUGAAGGCAGGAGGAAAUGUGGAGGGAUUGUUGGCUGAUUUAAAACUUAACGUGGCCUUAAAAUACUCUAACGAACAAGAGUCGUCCUUUGGCAGACUGAAGAAAGAGGAGGUGAAAGUGAAGGAGGUGGUUAACUACUCGAAAGACAAACGCCUGGACAUGACCCAUCCUGUGAUCAAGCAGACCCGGGAGAAGCCCAGGGCAAUAUUAGGGGUGUUGACGGAGAGGAUUAUGACAUCACAACCUUGCCAGGUCACAAACAAAGUCCGGAAGCGUGGCAAUGCAGGAGCCAACAUGAGCGCCCUGAGCGUGAAGGACUCUAUGAAGCAGAGUGGCAGUACUCAGACAGAUAGUGAUGUGUCGCUGAAGAUUCCUGAAUAUACUGUCGUGGCCUUCAGUCUGAUUGAACUCUACGUCAAAUGCAAUGGACAGUUUGAGCUGUGCCUCUUCUCCAACAAUGGGGGCUUUGAAAAGGUUACGUCAAAGGAUGAGAUUGAAGAGGAUGGAAUUAUGGACCUGAGAGGCGACUUUGAUGCCAACAGCCCCUUAAAUCUGAACGAAGAACUGGAGAAAAUGAGUCGUGAUUUCCAGCUGCUGUCAGUCCUGCCAGCAGACACACGUUCCUCUCUGCUCCAGCUCCUCAAGACAACCAUGGAGGACAGAGAGACAGUCAGUGUGCUGGAGAGUGUGCUGGAUCAGUUGUGUGAAUGUGAGAUUCCUGACCUGGGUGACCUGGAAGAGUCUGAGAGGGAAACAGUCCAGGCCAUACUGGAUCUUGUAGACCAAUGUGUUGGGAAGGAUGAGGACGAGAUCAGAUCCUCACUUCUCAGUGCCGUCCACCUCAUUGUCAGUGCCAUGGACGGAAUGACAGAUGAGGGUCUCUCUGUGUUGGGAUCCUGUUGCAGUCCUCCAGUCUUACAGGCCCUGCAGAUCCUGGUGCAGCAUGUGGCAGCAGGGAGUGGGGAGACCCUCUCUCUGAGAGAUGCAGGUCUGGCUGUUCUGACUGAGGAGGAGCUGUAUCAGAGGACAGAGAGUCUCUUUGCCCUCUCCAAUGUGGAACUUGCAAGAUCGAAUGAGGACGCAGAAUUCGCAGUGACUUCAGUUAUCUGUCCUGGACACCUUCUUCUUGUCAUGAGUAUCGCUGUGAAUGGCCUGGCCUCUUUAGGAUAGAUUGAGCUGAAUAGAAACAUUCCUUGUGCUACAAAGUGGAUAUAUGAACUGCACCGCCAGGUCCUCUCAAGCUCUGUCCAGGGUUGUUCAAUCGGGUUCAAGUCCGGGCUCUGGCUGUGCCACUCAAGGACAUUCAGAGACUUGUCCCGAAGCCACUCCUGCAUUGUCUUGACUGUGUGCUUAGGGUUGUUGUCCUCUUGGAAGGUGAACCUUCACACCAGUCUGAGGUCUUGAACACUCUGGAGCAGGUUUCCAUCAAGGAUCUCUCUGUACUUUGCUCAGUUCAUCUUUCACCUGAUCCGGACUAGUCUCCCAGUCCCUGCCGCUGAAAAACACCCCCACAGCAUAUGCUGCCACCCCAAUGCUUCACCGUAGGGAUGGUGCCAGGUUUUCUCCAUAUGUGGAGCUUGGCAUUCAGGCCAAAGAGUUCAAUCUUGGUUUCAUCAGACCCAAUAACCUUUUUUCUCAUGGUCAGAGUCCUUUAGGUGCCUUUUGGCAAACUCCAAGUGUGCUGUCAUGUGCCUUUUACUGAGGAGUGGCUUCCAUCUGGCCACUCUACCAUAAAGGCCUGAUUGGUGGAGUGCUGCAGAGAUGGUUGUCCUUCUGGAUGGUUCUCCCAUCUCCACAGAGGAAUUCUGGAGCUCUGUCAGAGUGGCCAUCAGGUUCAUGGUCACCUCCCUGACCAAGGCCCUUCUCCUCAGAUUGCUCAGUUUGGCCGGCCGGCUAGCUCUAGGAAGAGUCUUAGUGGUUCCAAACUUCUUCCAUUUAAGAAUGAUGGAGGUCACUGUGUUCUUGGAGACCUUCAAUGCUGCAGAAAUGUUUUGGUACCCUUCCCCAGAUCUAUGCCUCUACACAAUCCUGUCCCGGAGCUCUACGGACAAUUCCUUUGACCUCAUGGCUUGGUUUUUGCUCUGACAUUCACUGUUGAACUGUGGGACCUUAUAUAGACAGGUGUGUGCCUUUCCAAAUCAUGUCCAAUCAAUUGAAUUUAACACAGGUGGACUCCAAUCAAGUUGAAGAAACAUCUGAAGGAUGAUCAAUGGAAACAGGAUACACCUGAGCUCAAUUUGAGUCUCAUAGCAAAGGUUCUGAAUACUCAUGUAAAUAAGAUAUUUCUGUUUUUCAUUUUUUAUAGAUUUGCUCAAAUAAAACCUGUUUUUCUUUCUGAUUAUGGCAUAUUGUGUUUAGAUUGAUGAGGACAUGUUUUUAUUUAAUCCAUUUUAGAAUAAGGCUAACGUAACAAAAUGAAGAAAAAGUCAAGGGGUCUGAAUACUUUCAGAAUGCACUGAAGAACAUCUAUACAUACAUCUACUGUAUAUAGAGCAUGUGGGCAAAGAAAUAAAAUAAUACAUAACAAACCAAA